UUGGGGGAAUUUGUUUCAUUACAGAGGCAAGAAAAAAAGAAAAACAGAGAAGGGCAUACGAUGUUUCUAGUUUUUACAGCCUCAUAAUUAAUCGGUGUCAGGACAAGUCAGAACAGAGACCUGAACACAUAUAUAUCAGACCAAAGGAAUUCCAAAUGCAACAGCUCAGUUUUUGAGUCACAAAAAAUAUAUAUAUAAUUUUGAUAGUAUUGAAAGAGCAACAGUGAUGCAGACCGUGAGAGAUACAGACGCAUCUUUCUCAUCCUAUCUCAGACCCGAUAACAAGGCAACAAUAACUACAGGACCUGUUGAAGACGCCAUCUCUGAGCUUAGCAUAUUCGAUGCUCACAAAUACUUCAACGAUGAUGGUAGCAGCAACAACACCAAUAACAUUCAAAAGGUUAACAACAGCAGAGUCUCUCCCAUGGAGCGAAUUCCAGAGAGAGGUGAUGUCAUCGCCACAGAAACCACCAGAUACUCCUCUGCUUCAUCAUCUGUGGACGGCUACGCCCACAUCAGAAACUACAGAGCACGCUCAUUCCACGCGGCAACUCCAACGGCUUCCUCAGAAGCCAGCUGGAACAGCCAAACGGGGCUGCUGUCUCACCCUCCAGGUGCAAUCCCUGUCUCAAUGCAAAACCCUAAAAGCCUUCGAAACCCCAAACACUCCAAAUCCAUUUGGCUCCUUAGGAGAAAAUGUCCUUGCACGGGGAAAAAAUCAGUUCAAAUCAAAGAAUCAGCUCAAGAAUCCAAAUCUCAGAUAUCACAACAAGAAAGAAAUUACGAACAUCACAACGUUGCUAAUCACAUCACACCAAAUAAGUGGAUUCUGAAUGAAACACCAGCAUCGCUACCGGUACCGGUAACAGCAACAAUUGCGGCAGCGAAAUCGCAACGGUUUCACAAUUCCAACUCUCACAGAGUUACGAGCUCAGUGAGAGUACCGUUCACCGAGGGAUUCACUUUCCCCGUGCUAAACCCUAACAAUCCAAUAACAAAACUAAAAGUCGCAAACAGCGUCGCAGAGGAAGAUCCGCCGCGCGACUCGUUAGAGGUGUUCCGGCCCCCAGACGAGCCAUCGCCGAAGCCGCUGAACUUCUCGUUCCCAGCUAAGGCACGCGUCGUCGAAGACGACGCCGCGAGCGACGCGAGCUCCGAUCUCUUCGAGAUCGAGAGCUUCUCGACCGCGACACAGUCAACGUUCCCCGCGGCGUACCGUCGCAACAGCAGAGACUCGUUCGACGAGGCCUCGGGCUCCACUUCAACCACGGCGUUCUUCUUCGGUCGAAGAAGCGUAGACGAGGGCUCCACGACGCCGACUAUAACGGAGUGCUACGAGCCGAGCGAGGCGAGCAUCGAGUGGAGCGUGACGACGGCGGAGGGACACGACGAGGCGGUUCCGGGCGUGGAGGAGAAAUGGAAGCGUAAAGGAGGAAACGGUUUGUUGGUGAGCUGUCGGUGCGAGAAGGCGGUUAGCGUGGGGCCGCAGCCGGUGAAAUGUGGAUCAGAGGGACAGAGAGGUGCCACGUCACCAUCAGCAUCACAUGUGAACGCUAUCGCGAGUGGGGGUAACAGUAGUAAGAUUGGGAGUGUAAAUAAGCCACCACUUGCCAGGGCUCACCGCAACGCACCUCGCGUGUCGCUUGCUUUCGCGACAUAGCCAUUUGCGCGCAUGCAUGCAUCUUACGCUUUUCUAUUUUUAUUUUUCAUUUUUUAUUUUUUAUUUUUCUUCUCCUCGCCUCGCCUCGCCUGAAGAAUCAACAAGACCCCAGAAUAACGUAAUCACCCGCUUUUCCGUUUUGUCUGUUUCUUCCUCCGUUUUCUAAUUAUUGUGUCGCCUUUGUCUUUCUGUUCUGUAUCCGUUCUUUGAGUGAUAGGAAUAACAGGAUGCAUGUAAUGGCAUGAGAUA